GCUGGCUACCCAGAUCACAUGAUUACGCAGCAACGUGAAACUCAAUGAUGUGCUCCAGCAAGUUUUACUUCUCCCCGGUGCAGGGGUGUUUGCUACGCCUGCAUGCUCAGAAGUCAAACUCCCGCAACUGGAGUUCUAGAGACAAGAGGCUUACCAUGCUGCUCCCUGGGAGAGCCAGGAGCCGCUGACAUUACCACCGGACAGUGACUCGUGUCUGCUACGGAAAAGAAUGGACAAGCUUAAUAAGAUAACUGUGCCAGCCAGUCAGAAGUUGAGGCAGCUUCAAAAGAUGGUCACUGAUAUUAAGAAUAAUGAAGGUGGAAUAAUGAACAAAAUAAAAAAGUUAAAAGUCAAAGCACCUCCAAGUGUUCCUCGAAGGGACUAUGCUUUAGAGAGCCCUGCUGAUGAAGAGGAACAGUGGUCGGAUGACUUUGACAGUGACUACGAAAAUCCAGAUGAUCACUCAGACUCGGAGAUGUAUGUGAUGCCUGCCGAGGAGAACGGGGAUGACAGCUAUGAACCACCUCCAGCUGAGCAAGAGACAAGGGUGGCCCACCCAGCCCUGCCCUUCUCCAGGGGCGAGUACGCAGACAAUCGGUCAAGCCAGAGGCAGUCUCCACCCUUCAGCAAGACUUUCCCCACUAAGUCCAGCUGGCCCUCUGCAAAAACAAGGCUCUCCUCCACUCUCCCGGCCCCAAGGACUCUGCCCAAGCCUCAAGUCCCACCCAAGCCCAGAGACCUCCUUCAAGAUGAGGCUGAUUAUGUGGUCCCUGUGGAUGAUAAUGAAGAAAACUACAUUCGUCCCACAGAAAACAGUUCACUUCCAUCUGAAAAAGCUCCCAUGGUGAAUAGAUCAACCAAGCCAAAUAGCUCCUUGAAGUCGGCUUCUCCUCCAGGGACAACUUCAGGUCGAAACAGCGGGGUCUGGGAACACAAGUCACCAUCUUCGCCUGCUGCACCAUCGCCACUGCCGAGGGCAGGGAAAAUAACAGCCACACCACUGAAGACAACCCCAGUUGCUUCUCAGCAGAAUGCAUCAAGUGUUCGUGAAGAAAGGCCUAUACCUGCUGAACGCCACCGAGGGUCUAGUCACAGACAAGAAGCUGUACCGUCUCCAGUGUUUCCUCCUUCCCAGAAAAAAAUCCAUCAAAAACCCAUACCCCUGCCACGAUUUCCAGAAGGAGGAAGCCCAACUAUGGAUGGACCAUCCCUUAGUUUUUCAUCUAAUUCUACCUUUUCAGAACAGGAAGCUGACCUUCACUGUAAGCCAUGGUAUGCUGGCGCCUGUGAUAGGAAGUCAGCUGAAGAGGCAUUACACAGAUCAAACAAGGAUGGAUCGUUCCUUAUUCGAAAAAGCUCUGGCCAUGAUUCCAAACAGCCAUAUACCCUAGUUGUAUUCUUUAAUAAGCGAGUUUAUAAUAUUCCUGUGCGAUUUAUUGAAGCAACCAAACAAUAUGCUUUGGGCAGAAAGAAAAAUGGUGAAGAGUAUUUUGAAAGCGUUGCUGAAAUCAUCAAGAAUCAUCAGCACAGUCCUUUAGUUCUUAUUGACAAUCAGAAUAACACAAAAGAUUCCACAAGACUGAAAUAUGCAGUUAACAUUUCAUAAAAGAAAAAGGAUAUCACUGUAAUUGUUUCAGACAUCUUCUCCAAGUCUCUCCUCUUGAGAAAAGUUCCUAAACUUAUUUUGGAUUAUGAAUCAUCACUAAUAAAAUAGAAGAUGGAGGCAAUUAUGAAGGUGGUCAUCCA